AAGCAAGAUAUAUUGCCCAGCCCCGCAUGAUUCGCACGAAAACAAGCCUUUUUUACUAUUUGCCGCCUUUCUUUAAGCAAAACUUUCUUCUGCUGGAAAAUAUUGGCGGACUCAAAGAGUGAAAAAACUUAGCAGUACAAAUUCGAUAUCAUCAAAUCAGAAAAACGAUCGAACAACGAAAAGCCAUAAAAAUACCAGCGGGUUUGAUUUUGAUGGAAACCCUUCUGCUCAUUGUGAUCAUUCUACUGUUGUGUCGCCGUCGUUAAAAAAAUCGAAUCAAAGUCACUUGCAAUUCGUCAUCGUGAAAUCGUCAUGGAUGUCAACCAUCAACAACAACGAUCUCCACUUAGUCGUGUUGCAGAAGAGAAGCGCCAAAAUUGCCAUUCGUGCACUUUUGGCUGUAGAAAAUGAAGCCAAACAAAUCCUGAAUGCUGCCAGUUCCGUAAAAGCAGCUAAACUCCUACAAGCCAAGCAGGAGGCUGAAAUCGAGGUAGCUGGAUUUCAGGCUGAAAUAGAGCUUGAGUUUCUGAAGAUUAUUACAACGAGUUCCGAAGAUUCAGCGGCCUACUUGAAAUGCCUGGAACAAGAUGCUGAGACAAAGAUCAAUAACCUGAAAUUGGUGGCUGCGAAAGUGCAUGAUGAUGUUGCUUCAAGGCUUCUUCAAUGUGUAGUGACCAUCAGAGUUUGAGCUUCUAAUCUGAUUUUAAUACUGAUACAUUAUACAUUAUGGCUUUACAAUGAUACUUUCGAAUUUCAAUAGACUACUUUUCUGACAGAAUUUGAGCCCUUGCCUAGGUUCUGUUAUAUCCGCGAUACACAAGUUUGUUUGCACCCUACUACACUUUGUUGUGACUUGUGAGACUUGCCAGGUUUUGACUGUUUCUAUGUAUGAAACCUUCUAACCGGUGACAAAUGAGUAAUUGAAGAGGAAAAAUUUCAUCCUAGAAUAACAAAGUCUACUAAUUAACUUAGCAGCAAAUAGUGCAACAGUGUUAAGAUUAAGGAAACGACAUCUAUGGGAUGUAGACUUUCAGUCUUUUCUUGAAUCCUUAAAAUUCUAUAUUAGUUGUGCUGGUUGGCUAAUCAGGCGAUAAAAGGUACAGAAGACCGGGGCAGAAAGUUAACUACCAGAUUUUAUGCGCUAUAAACGCAAAUAUUUGUGGGGUGUGCUUUUGUGCCCAAAACAGCUGAGUGAAUUCAUAACUUCAAGUAAUGUUGUUAGGCUAAGAUCCCACAAUCUAUUUGUAAAGUAAUCGAAUCGUAUCACAAUGUGUUAGGGUUGUCUUAAGUGUGAAUGCCUGGCUUAUGUUUGGCAAUCAGAAUGCAAUUAUUGUGUAACAAACUUUGUAGAGAGGAUGACGCAGCACGAACAUGGGUGUUUAAACACAGAUCGUUGGUUAAGAAACCUCAAGUAGGCAGCAGGGAAAAUGAUGAGGACAAUGAAUGGUAGAAGAACCCUAUCAGUAGGUUCUUCCAUAUUUAUGCCCAGGAUCAUCAUGAUCCGAAGAGGAAACCAAAGUGUUAGAACUUUGGUUAGAUUAAUAUUCAUAAGUGGUUUUAAUAAGCAGGAAUAAGUUUAAUAUUCAGUAUUUUAUAAUAAGGGUACUUCAGUAAUUUUGCUAUGUCGCAGGAUUCUUCUGGAGUACUGGUUCCCUAUUUUUGGUAUUUAGUUUGAUUUCCUUAUAGAUUAAGUUUUAGGUCGUCAAAAGAAAUUUAGUUUUAGGAAGCUAAGAUUUAAUUACCUAUUUGCUGUUGGUUUAGGCCUAUAUAUAUGUACCUUUUUUGAGGGUUUUAGACAGUUAUGAGAUUAAUAAAAAUUCCUGCAAGCUUUCGCUUUCAACAACAGUUGUGUGACUCAACUAAACCCUUGGUGUGACGCCUAGGAAUCCUGCGGUGUGACGCCAAAGGGCCCUAAGAGUGAUUCUUAGGUUUUCUUCUUCUUUUCCUACCCUUAUGUCUGUUUUCCUGUGAUUUCUACCCUUGUUUCCUACAGAUUCUUUUAGUUUUCUGCUGCGUACUACUCUUUUAAUUAGCCUACAUCCUAAUUUUCUUAACCACCACGUUU